GUAAUCAGGAGGAGUGUAAACCAUUUCCUGGUUGCUUGUAAGUAAAAGAAAUUUUAUCUGCAUCAAUUGGGUUUCGUCCAGCAAUCUACUGAAAUUCAGCGGUUUUAAAAUCAAAUUAAUGUUUCCUGCUUCUACAGAACUACCAUAUCAACGAUUUGUUGUUACGCGCUAACGGAAUUAAUCUUCAUCAGUUCCUCCAACAUGAAGAACGACUGCACUGCCUCAGCAAACUUCAGGACUCUGAUUGAAGUAUUCUGUUAUGAUAUAUCGUUAAUUAUGACUUUCUAGGAACGUUCAAGCAACUAAUAAUUAGUUAAUCCUUAUUAAAAUUAUGUGUAUUUUUAGCAUUUUAUUCCAAAAACCAGAGAAACCUGAAAUGCAAUGAAUAUUUUAUAAAACUGUGAUUUUUACUUCUAUGAUGGUGUAUCAAUUAUCAAAUGGACUAAAUUUGCUCCAUUACCCAUUGUUUUUCAAAUGCAAAUAGUAAAGGCUGUUUAGUAAAUUACCAGUGCCGAAGAAAUUAUUCAAACUCUCUUGACAAUAUUAUAAGCUGGUUGGUAAUACUGCUGACAUUUGCUUUGUGUCGUUCAAGACGUUAAUUGUUUGCUGACUAACGAGGAAUAUUACUAAUUCAUGCAAGACAGAGCUAUCCGCAGACUGCAUUGAUGACUUUUAAUUAUAUGUCAAGGUGAAAAUAUAUAACUUUCAAAAUAAUAUUUUAAUCUGAAAUCUGCUGAUAGUUAAGGUAAAGACUGCUUCUAUACUACCGAAGCCAUAAAUAUAUAAUUCAUUUCUAAUUUAUAUAAAAUUUCUAAUAACAAAUUCAAUAUUAAUUUACAAAGGUUGAUGGAAAUGUACUGUAACAGAUGUCAGCCAAUAUUUGCAAGACAAAUAGAAGCUUUAAUUGAAAAAACAAAAACGAAGACAGCAUUAACAAAUGUAUAAAUUACAAAAAAAUUGUUUCGCUUUUCUAAUUAUACUCAUGGUGUCGUUACGCACAGCUGAAAGCACGGCCAGUUUCCUUAAGGAGCCAUCUGAUGUAAUAGCAUUGAGAGGAAAGGAUGCAACAUUUACCUGUACUAUUGAAAAUCUUGAGCCUGGCUACAUUGUUCAAUGGAUCCAAUCAGUAAGAGUUGUACUCUCGCAAAAUGGAAAUGUAAGUGUAAAUGUACAUCCAAUGCAUUUUCAAAUUGAUGCAAAUCGCGACAGAGGAGAGUACAAUUUGACGAUUAAAUCUGUAACGUCUACUGAUGAUAAUCAAUAUAGCUGUGCUGUGUUUGAAAAUGAGGAUUCACUCGAACCUAUUAUUUCAUCAAGGGAUGUUAGACUUACAGUAAACUUUUUGCCCUCUGAAGCCUAUCCUGAAUGUUCUGAAACACAGGGGAAUGGAAUAUACAACGAAGGUGAUUACAUUGAGCUUUGCUGUGAAUCGGAACGUGCGUCCCCUCCCGUUACUCUUCAAUGGACAACAAAUGAUAAGGUUAUAGGCCUACGCCAAGAUAUUCGUAUUGAUGACAGUGAAAAUGGGAUUCACAAAAUAAUAUACAAAUUUAAUGCAACUGCCGCACAUAAUGGGAUGAGCUUCAGCUGUAUACUAGCCACCUCAGCAGAUUCAACGUACAGGCGCAGUUGUUCGACUGGACCAAUCGAAGUAAGAUACAAGCCACAGGUUUUAAUAUCAAAUUAUGAAAAGGCCGUAGCACCAGGGCAAGAGAUCUUGUUCUUUUGCAAUUCAACAGCAAAUCCCGUGGCAACAUCGUUCCGGUGGGAAUUAGAACCGGCCAUCGAUGCUGAUAGACUCCAUUUAAAUCUUGAUAAUCAAACAAUGCAAAUGUUAAACACAAAACCAAAAGACAAUGGAACAAAUAUUAAAUGUUUUGCUUCUAAUACAAUAGGUGAUGGUCAUGCUCAGUUGAUACUUCUUGUACAUCCCUAUCCCACAACAACGCCGCGUUCUGUCGUAGCUACAACACAUUUCUCAGCGUCUAUUUUUCCAAAUGAAAGAAAGAAGAAAGGUCCCUAUCCCACAACAACGCCGCGUUCUGUCGUAGCUACAACACAUUUCUCAGCAUCUAUUUUUCCAAAUGAAAGAAAGAAGAAAGGUGAAGAAACGCUGACAUUAGCUAUUACAUUGUGCAUAGCUACAAUUGGAUGUAUAAUGUUAAUUUUACUACUUACAAUUGUUUAUAACUGUAAGAAGAAAAAAGACAAAGGCGUUAAUUAUAUUCCAAAGCUUGAUUAUUAUUUUACGCCAACCGGACUGGGGAACUCGGAAACGGCGACAGGACGGUCUGCUUCAACUGAUCGCCCACAUCGGUACGACGAGCCAAUUUAUCAAGAAGUUGAAUAGAAGAAGCCCACACUUCCGGAGAAGACCCAUAAAUAUUAUUACCCCAAUCCAUAUGAAACACGUUCUUUUGUAAACCAAGAAUACAGUAUGAUGAAUUUCCAACAGUUUAUGAGACAAGAUCAAUAAUUAUUUAAUACUAUUACUUCACCAUUUUUUUUGUGAAUAUGAAAAAAAAACUAUUAUUAUGAAUCUGUAUAAUGUUUGUCGAAUUAACAUUUGUUAGGUAUCAUACGGUAAUUAGAUAAUGAAAAUUAUAUUAAAGGAAAAAAUGAAAAGAGAUUAUCUUUGUAAAUAUUUCAACUCUUUUCAACUAAGGUUUUACCAAUUGUACUGAACUUCACCCCACUAAUGUAAUUACAAUAUUUAUAUAAAUUUUUUUAGACUAAUUCGGGAAAGCUAAACGGAAAAAAGAACCCUUUUGAGACCCCAAAAAAUAUGGGAAUUAGACAAAGAUCAAUAAUUGAUUUUAUGUUAUAGUGCAGCACAGCUUCAUAUGUCAUCUGUGAAUAAACCCAGGAUGUGUAAAGACAUCCGUAUCUUUUUGUGGUAUUUAAAAGCGCCUAAAAGUCUUGGCUCCAGAGGAACCAAAAUAACAGAUGUAAUUGGAGAUACAAGAUAUAUAACAAUUGGUAUGUCUUUUAAACGUGUCAAUAUUAUUAGCUAGCUAGAUUUUCACUUGUUCUAUAUACGUUAAAAAAGUAUUUCCCUCCUAUUUUCCGAAAAAGGCCAGGGAAUUAGCAUUUGUUAGGUAUCAUACAGUAAUUAGAAUAUCAAUUAUACAAAUAAUGAUUUUAUAUGUAAAUUAUAUUAAAAUAAAAAAAACCAAAAUAGGUUAUCUUUGUAAACAUUUUAACUCUUUUCAACUAAGGUUUUACCAACAAAUUCACCCACUAAAGUAAUUACAAUAUAAAUAUUAUAAAAGUUUUUAGACUAUAUGUCAAUUUUUUAAGUGUUCCCUCCUAUUUUCCAAAAAAGGCCAGGGCUCGGUUUUAAAUUUUGUAAAAUUUUUUUUGUGCCCCAACAAAGACGGUCCCAGCAAGAACAAACGGAUUUUUCAGACUUUAAUGGGUGUUUUCCUUUUAAAAAGUUACAAAAAAGUGAAAAAUGUUCAAAGCAUAAACUAAACUCAAGUUUCAAUGUGACAAAUACCUGUUAUUUUCCCAUUGGUGACAUCAUAAUGUCAUAUCUAUUAUUAUUAGGCCUAUGUGCUUUAUUCAUGGGGAUGUGAUGAUAUGACAUCAUUAUGCCUAUUUAUGGGCAAAUCACAGAGAGCACUGAGACUACUUUCCCGAAUCACAGUUUGCUGAAUGCCAGUUUGCAGGCUCAAAAACAAUGAAUCCCAGUUGGCCGAAAGUCAGUUUUGCGAACGCAAUUUGCCGAAAGUCAGUUAAAAGCAAUGAAACAUUAGCAGCAGCAUAAAAUUCAAGAUGGAAAACUCUCUUACUAUAAAAAAAAAAUGAUCUCAACACAUCUUCUAGCCUUAAUAGAUUUAAAAUUGCUGCCUCAGAUUAAAGCCUAAAUCACUGAUAGUAUGGUAAGUAGUUUCUUCUUUAUAAAAAUAAAUUUGGAUUUACGAAGACAUCAGCUUAAGAUUCUAUAUGUCUGCCCUCAACAAUGGCUUGGAACAAAGAGAGAGAGAUAAAAGCUACUUGGCUUUUCUUCUCUUGUGGUCCCAACAAGCACCCCUUUCCAGUGGACAUUCCAAUGGGAUAUACCACAUUAGAUGUUCCAUUAAUUAGGGUAAUUAAUAUUAAUUAACAAUGGUGCCUAAAUCAUGAAUUCCAUAACAGUGCAUGUUCUGAUGAUGUUAAUAUUAAUGCUGUUUAGUGUUGUUUUUGUAGUCGUUUUGUUAUUAAUAAAUGUAUUGUAUAUUGUAUUGUUUUAGGCAGCCUUCUUGUUUGUUGUUUAUAUUUUAUCUUUGCAUAAAACAACGGUACCAUUUUGUCUAUAUAAUCAGGGAACAGUCUGUUCCCUGGUAUAAUUAUGUUAUCCUGUCUAAAUACGUUUAAUAAAUAGAUCAAUGAAAUAAAUACCUUAAAUAAUAUUUAGAAGAAACGUUGACUCGUUCAUUAAGAUUAAGAAUAUAAAUAUUAAAGGUAAAACGAAUGCUAGCUACCUGUAAAUGUGUUAUCGCCUUUUGAAAGGAACACCUCAGGUGU